AUGGUUUGCAAUGCGCAUGGAUGUCCUGUGGACUGCAAAUUUGAUGAGUGGUCUGAAUGGAGUGAGUGCUCGAAGAGCUGUAGCACCGGGAACAGGACAGCAAGUCGGGCAUUGAUCACCUCUCCGCAGUGGGGCGGCCAACCUUGCGACGGAGGUGUUUUAAGGACAGAGUAUUGCAAUGAACAACCAUGCCCGGAAGACUGCGCUUGGGGAGAAUGGUCGCAUUAUUCGGUUUGUUCAAAGACUUGCGGAGGUGGUGAGAUGUUGCGAUCUCGACCACGAAUUUCUGAGAUGUACGGUGGACACCCAUGCAGCGGCAAUGAAACGGAGUCAAUUGAAUGCAGCACGCAAGGGUGUCCUCAAGACUGCCGGUGGGGACAGUGGACAGAUUGGUCCUCUUGUUCGAAGGAGUGUGGCGGUGGAUACAUCAAAAGACUUCGCGAAGUGCUACAAAAGGCUGAGAACGGAGGAGAUCCUUGUUUUGGAUCCAAUAUGCAAGAAGCAGGGUGCAACUUUGAUGUGUGUGCACAAGAUUGCUCUUGGAAUGACUGGGAACAAUGGGCCCCAUGUAGUGCCAGCUGCAAUGGAGGAACCCGGUCCAAAUCACGCACGAAGAAAGCAGAAGCAGCCAAUGGUGGGAUGCCUUGCGUUGGAAACCGCACCCAGAUUGAAAAGUGCAGUGUGGAGCCCUGCCCAGUGGACUGCACUUUUGAACUUUGGGAUUCAUGGGGCGAUUGCUCCACAUCUUGCGGAAAAGGAUCUCGGUUUCGCACUCGGGUGAAGAAGGAGGAAUUGUAUGGUGGAGCACCUUGUCAGGAUGUUAUGUGGGAGGCCAGCGAUUGCAGUAAUCCAGAUUCAUCCAGUUGUCCUGCGCACACCACCAGCACAACGACCCUUUUGACCCUGCUGAAACUUCCAGAGGGUGAGCUGGCGUGGAGCCACUUGCACAACGUAUGGGAACCGCAGGCCAGCCGAGGUCCACUCGCAAUUCCUUCGCAAAAUGACCUUUCCAAGAACUUUACAGAAAGCAAAGACCCCAGCUAUAGAGGUCAAGCUUACAAGCCCUGCCCAGAGGGUGAGCUCGACAAGAUGCGUCUUGGAAUGAGUGAGCCAGUGAGGGAGUAG